AGUAUGUUGAAUUUUCAAGUUAGUAUGUUUAAUUUUCAAGUAAGUAUGUUGAAUUUUCAAGCUAGUAUGUUUAAUUUUCAAGUAAGUAUUAUGUUGAAUUUUCAAGUUAGUAUGUUUAAUUUUCAAGUAAGUAUGUUGAAUUUUCAAGCUAGUAUGUUUAAUUUUCAAGUAAGUAUGUUGAAUUUUCAAGCUAGUAUGUUUAAUUUUCAAGUAAGUAUGUUUAGUAUGUUGAAUUUUCAAGUUAGUAUGUUUAAUUUUCAAGUAAGUAUGUUGAAUUUUCAAGCUAGUAUGUUUAAUUUUCAAGUAAGUAUGUUGAAUUUUCAAGCUAGUAUGUUUAAUUUUCAAGUAAUUAGUAUGUUUAAUUUUCAAGUAAGUAUGUUGAAUUUUCAAGCUAGUAUGUUUAAUUUUCAAGUAAGUAUGUUGAAUUUUCAAGCUAGUAUGUCUAAUUUUCAAGUAAGUAUGUUUAGUAUGUUUAAUUUUCAAGCUAGUAUGUUGAAUUUUCAAGCUAGUAUGUUGAAUUUUCAAGUUAGUAUGUUGAAUUUUCAAGUUAGUAUGUUUAUGUUGAAUUUUCAAGUUGGUAUGUUUAAUUUUCAAACUAGUAUGUUUAAUUUUCAAGCUAGUAUGUUGAAUUUUCAAGUUAGUAUGUUGAAUUUUCAAGUUAGUAUGUUGAAUUUAGUAACUUGA